AUGUCGGUCGCCGGCUGCGAGCUACCGGUCGCCGGCUGCGAGCUGCGGCGGGGCGCGUUGGAACCGCGGCACGGGGAGCUGCAGUACCUGGGGCAGGUGGAGCACAUUUUGCGCUGCGGGUUCAAGAAGGAGGACCGCACCGGCACUGGCACGCUCUCGGUGUUCGGCAUGCAGGCGCGGUACAGCCUGAGAGAUGAAUUUCCUCUGCUCACAACCAAACGAGUGUUCUGGAAGGGUGUUUUGGAGGAGCUGCUGUGGUUUAUCAAGGGAUCCACAAAUGCUAAAGAACUGUCCUCCAAGGGAGUGAGAAUCUGGGAUGCCAAUGGGUCUCGAGACUUCUUGGACAGCCUGGGAUUCUCUGCCCGACAGGAAGGGGACCUGGGCCCAGUUUAUGGUUUCCAGUGGAGGCAUUUUGGAGCAGACUACAAAGAUAUGGAUGCAGAUUACUCGGGUCAAGGAGUAGACCAGCUGCAAAAAGUGAUUGACACCAUCAAAACCAAUCCUGACGACAGAAGAAUCAUCAUGUGUGCCUGGAACCCAAAAGAUCUUCCCCUGAUGGCACUGCCUCCUUGCCAUGCCCUCUGUCAGUUCUAUGUGGUGAAUGGAGAGCUGUCUUGCCAGCUUUACCAGAGGUCAGGUGAUAUGGGUCUAGGCGUGCCCUUCAACAUCGCCAGCUACGCCCUGCUCACCUACAUGAUUGCACACAUCACGGGCCUGCGGCCAGGUGAUUUUGUCCAUACUUUGGGAGAUGCGCAUAUUUACCUGAAUCAUAUCGAGCCACUGAAAAUUCAGCUUCAGCGAGAACCAAGACCUUUCCCAAAGCUCAGAAUCCUCCGAAAAGUUGAGAGAAUUGAUGAUUUCAAAGUUGAAGACUUUCAGAUUGAAGGGUAUAAUCCACACCCAACGAUUAAAAUGGAAAUGGCUGUUUAGAGCACUUUCAGUGAUGCUGUGACUAUCACCAGUUUUUAGGGUAAAAUAGUUUUUCUCUAAAGGAAAGUAAACUAGGUCAAAAUUGACAGUGAUCUCUCUGUUACUAUCAACGUCUAUAAAAGUGUCACUGGCAUUUAGAACUGCCUUUCCUUUAGUAUCCACUGAAGGUACAUAAAAAAGCUGAAAUUAUAUACUCAGCAAAAAAAAAAAAAAUAAAAAAAAAAUAAAACUUCUUGUAUAUGAAGAAGG